AUGUCCACUGCGGUCUGUGGGCGGUGUGAGAGCGAGAUUUCAAGGCGAGUCAACCAGCCAGUACGCCCCCUCCACGUGUACUCGCCUUAUCUCCCACCAGCCAGUGCGAUUGGCCAACUCCGCCUGUGUACUUUGCGGCGACGGCAACCGGCGAUGAAGCUCCUCGUGUCACCACCUCCGCCGUUGUUCCCCUCCUCCCCCUGCCGCCGUUCAGGCAAGGCUAUUAUCCAGAAGCAUUUCCAUGCGGUAGCAACACGAGAAUCUUGCAAUUGGGGGGAAGCCAACAGAACGGCGAUCUGCAGGGUUGCAGAGACCCAUGGCUCUGAACAAGUAAAGGGAAGGGAACCACUAAGGCGCGGCACGGUCAGUCCACGCCUCCCGGUGCCCGACCACAUCCGCCGACCGCCUUACGAUGGUACCGACCGUCUCCCAGAUGUAAAUCCUGAUCGGCAAAUGCAUGACCGUGAGAGCAUCAUUCAUAUGAGAGCCGCAUGCGAGCUUGCUGCCCGAGUUCUUCAGUAUGCAGGAACAAUGGUGAAGCCCUCCGUGACGACAGAUGAAAUCGACAGGGCAGUUCAUCAGAUGAUCAUUGAUGCUGGUGCCUACCCUUCUCCCCUUGGAUACGGCGGGUUCCCGAAGAGCGUCUGCAUGUCAGUGAAUGAGUGCAUCUGCCAUGGAAUUCCUGACUCACACGUACUACGGGAUGGGGAUAUCAUCAACAUUGAUGUUACUGUCUACUUAAAUGGAUAUCAUGGUGACACCUCAAGAACAUAUCUGUGUGGGGAGGUCGAUGAACCUACUAAGCAGCUUGUAAAGGUCACUGAAGAGUGCAUGCUGAGGGGCAUAUCAGCCUGCAAACAUGGUGUUAGCUUUAAGGCAAUUGGAGAGAGAAUAAGCGAACAUGUGAACAAGUACGGCUACAGCGUCGAUCCCUUCAUCGGGCACGGAGUUGGGACGAUCUUCCAUUCAGAACCCAUCAUAUGGCACACCUAUGAUUAUGAGCCAGGAUUCAUGGUCGCAGGCCAGACAUUCACAAUCGAGCCUACCCUGUCCAUGGGGAGCACACGGUGCGAGGUGUGGGACGACGGCUGGACCGCCAUCACGGUGGAUGGCAGCCUCAACGCGCAGUUCGAGCAUACGGUGCUGGUUACCGUCAACGGCGCAGAGAUUCUCACAAAGUGUUAA